GGGAGAAAAUCCGUGGAAUUUUAAUCUCAAAUCUAUGGUAGUACCACAGAAUACUGGUAGUACCCAUACUCCGUGCCAUUGGUGGUACCCGCCUGACCCAACAUCCACAACACCCGCGAGCAGUAUUAAGCAACAACUGGACAGCAUUUAACAUUUCUGUGAAAGUUGCAGAAGCUACUGAGUACCGCGGUUUGUUUGUGUUUUAUCGGUACUUUCAUAGACAUUCGAAUUAUGCAGUACUCACUAGUGGUUGUUUUGUGUGUUGUUUUGACGUUGGAGAAAGCCAAUGCUCUUCAAUGCUGGCGCUGUUCCAGCGACAUCCUCCCCGAAUGCCGGGACCGCUUCAACGAGUCAGAAAUCAUAGCUCGAAGAGGCGGCUCCUCGCUCUACGACUCCCUCCAGCAAAACUACCAGCAGGGCCAACGUUUCGACCCCAACUACGACAGCCAGCGCAACCAGAGGCAAUACGACCCGGGUUAUAGCGGCCAGCGCGACCAGAGGCAAUACGACCCGGGUUAUAGCGGCCAGCGCGACCAGAGGCAAUACGACCCGAGUUAUAGCGGCCAGCGCGACCAGAGGCAAUACGACCCGGCUUAUAGCGGCCAGCGAAACCAGAGGCAGUACGACCCGGGUUACAGCGGCCAGCCUGUGGGUCAGCAGAGAGCUUACGACCAGAACUAUAACCCGAACCAGAGGCAAUUCGGGCAGAACUUCGGUUCUAGUUCCAGCCUGAACAAUAGGUUGCCAGAGCUGGAGACCUGCGACGAGAAUGAGGCGAGGUUGAAUAGAAAGAGGACCGUUUGCCUGAAGGAAAUUGUCAGAGGAAACAAUUACGUGAGUAUCAUCCGUCGAUGUGAAUCUAUCCCCUUUGAACAAACUGUGGGAACCUGCCAACCAUCAGUUAACAGAGGACUCCAGUUAGAUUUUUGCGAAUACUGUGACUACGAUGGGUGUAACUCUGCUACAAGACUCAAGAUGAAUAUAUUUUUGGCUGCUUUCAUCGUAUUUGUACUUCAUUUUGUGAAUAACUGAUUUCGACCAUAGUGACUAUUGGAUGUUAAUAAACUGUCGCAUCAGUUGAUGUGGAAAAAGUAGCAUGAAACAGUUUCAUGUUGAAAUUAAAUACCUAUAAGUUUACAUGAAGUGUGAAUAGAAUCAAACGAGAAUGUUUAUUUGUAAUACAGGUUAUUUUAUAAUAUCACAAGUUCUUUUGAAUAUAACAUUUACUAUGGAACAGUAUAGAUGUGUCAACUAUAUACUGAAAUUCGGGUAUUUAUAAAUUUUUCAUAUGCUUUUAUUGGUAUAAGCUAUAUUGAUAUUGUAUUAGCUGAAUCAAAUGACUACCAAUGAAGUUAUAUAAUCAAUUUUUGAUUUAUUCAACAAACUCUCAAAUGUUGUACUUUUAACAAUUUGUGUUUUUAAUUAAAAUAAAAACAUUGAAUAGGAUCAUAUACUGUACCUAUAUUAGGAAAAAUAAAUAUGAUAA